GACGAGAUGUCCGCUUAACUCAACUUGUUCCAACUCAAAAAAUAAAUCAAUAAAGGACGCUACUUCAAUCUCGUUGUUACAGCCUCCCACUUCGUCUCGUAAACUAUCUCGACUGUCGAAUCUGAUCCCCCGCCAACUCAUCUUUCCCAGCACAGUAUCCUCCGUUCCGCUUUCAAAGAUGUGCUUCGGCGUCACCUGCUCGACUUGCUCAAAGGCAACCUGGCGCGGCUGCGGAGCGCACAUCCCCGCGGCGCUCAGCGGCGUGCCCGAGGACCAGUGGUGCACCUGCACGCCUAAGGUCACGGUCAACGGCAAGGACGGCUUGUUGAGCAGAGGCAGUUCGAAUGACAAGGCGGCACAGGGCACUGAGAGACGGGACGAGCUGUGACGAGCUGUCGGCUUGAUGCGCGAGCUGUCGCCGUGGAAAGGCGGCUGUACUUGUAUGAUCUGACUGGGGGGCGUUGGUGAAUGUUGGCUUGCAGAGGGACGACGAGGGAACGGCGACGAUGUAGAGGAAUCUUGAGUUGAAUUAAAAAUCUAUCGCAUCCUAUGCCUUUCUCAACAACGUUCACAUGGCUCGCGGGAAGCACAAAAUGAAAGAGACCUUUGCAGCCGAAUUCCGGACACUGUCACGAGCAUGCGUUCGAGGCAGGCCUAUUGGUACC